GGGCAACAGCAGAGGAGGGGUUCCUGGUAGCCAUCUUGGAUGUGCGGAGUGAUUGUUUGGCGAAAACAAUUAAUAUAAUUUAGAAAAAUAGCGUGAGGUCUUCGGAAAAUACGAUUUAAAAGAGUGGGGUCAACUAAGAAAAGAAAAGCUAAACCGGAAAAUCCAGGUAAAUAAAUGUGAAAGAAGGCAUGAAGACAGCAUCCUAGUCAACAGUCAUGGCUGAUAAAAGAAAACUUCAAGGUGAAAUAGAUCGAUGUUUGAAAAAAGUAACGGAAGGCGUGGAACAGUUUGAAGACAUUUGGCAAAAGCUUCACAAUGCAGCCAACGCUAACCAGAAGGAGAAGUAUGAAGCAGACCUCAAGAAAGAGAUUAAAAAACUACAGCGUCUUCGAGACCAGAUCAAGACGUGGGUGGCCUCCAACGAGAUUAAAGACAAAAGGCAGCUAGUGGAGAAUCGCAAACUCAUUGAGACGCAAAUGGAGCGGUUCAAGGUCGUGGAGCGAGAGACCAAGACAAAGGCGUACUCGAAAGAGGGGCUGGGCCUGGCACAGAAGGUGGACCCGGCCCAAAGGGAGAAAGAGGAGGUCGGCAAUUGGCUAACGAAUACAAUAGACACACUGAACAUGCAGGUGGACCAGUUUGAGAGCGAAGUGGAGUCCCUCUCAGUCCAGACUCGCAAGAAGAAGGGAGACAAAGAGAAACAGGACCGCAUCGAAGAGCUGAAACGCUUCAUCGAGAAGCACCGGUACCACAUCCGAAUGCUGGAGACGAUCUUGCGCAUGCUGGACAACGACACCUUGCCGGUGGACUCCAUCCGCAAGAUCAAGGACGACGUGGAGUACUACAUGGACUCGUCGCAAGACCCCGACUUUGAGGAGAACGAGUUCCUCUACGACGACCUGGAUCUGGAGGAACUCCCUACCUCUCCCUCUGUCUCCCCCCAUCCAUCUCUUGUCUCUCUAGCCGGGUCGCUGGUGGCCACGUCCCCGCCGGGCCAAUCGCUCCUGGACGACGACAUCUUCCAUCAGAUCUCCAGCGGCACGCCUACCUCCACCACUUCCUCCUCGCCCAUCCCUCCCUCGCCUGCCACUUACACUACGGAGAACUCUGAAGAUGACAAGAAAAGGGGACGUUCGACCGACAGUGAAGUCGGUCAGUCGCCUGUCAAGAACGGCAACCCCUCUUCGUCGUUAUCCUCCUCGUCCUCCUCCUCGUCCUCCUCUUCAUCCUCUGCCUCCUCGGGAGCCUCCUCAUCCUUGCUGGCCUCUAUGGCGACCAUCGCCGGGGGUGGCAUGCCUAUCACUGGGGGCAACAACAACAGCCUCCUGGGCAACAUGGGGGGUCUCCUCUCCAACUCUGGCAGCUACAGCAACGCUACCCAGCAGCAUCACCAAACCCAGCAGGCCAGAAACUCAGUCAUCUCCUCCAACGCCCCCUCCAACUCGUCGAACAACAUCCUCCUCCCCAGCCCCUCCGCCUCCUCACCCGCAUCCUCUAGCACAACCCUCCCCCCACUCACGCCCAACACCCAGCUGCAGGCUCCGUCAAGGCCUUUGCCGUCCUCCAGCUUGGGGCUUGGGUUGGGCUUGGGCCUUGGUAAAGGCGGCAUUACAGGGUCACCGGCCGUCAGCCAGAUGUCGGGUCUUGGCUUGUCGGGGAUGCCGGCAUCCCUAAACACCAUGGCCGGGCUCCUGGCGGGCUCCACUUCGGCCCCCUACGCCACGGCAGCAGCAGGCUCCGGAACCAUCGGAAGCCCUCUAGCAGGGAAAAUCGUCAACGUCAGCAGUAGCAGCCUUAACUCCAGCACAGUGGGACCGGUGGGCGGGAACACCGUCGGCGACAGAUCCACGGGCCUGUUGGGCUCUGCACCCAGUGCAAUUGGUGUCAGCGGUGGGAUCCUCAGCCUAAGCAGCCUUGGCUCAGGGCAGUCGGCGGUCCAGGGCCCUUCCCUGGUGGCCCCCAGUCCCAUAGGAGGCCUGGCCCCUGGAAGCAGCCUGGGAGCCAUAGGAAGCAUUGGAGGGAACUCUGGUUCAGGCGCGCCAAGCAGCAGUGUGGGCAUGGGAGGAGGCAGCGCAGCGAUCGCAAGGCCGCCCAGUGGACAGAAGCAGAAUGGUAGCACUAGUUACAGUGCUGUAGUAGCAGACAGCACACCCGAUUCCGCCCUCAACAAUACCAGCCAAUUACAAAGCAGCCAACCCUCGUCUUUGACCUGCACCACCAAUCAGCCUAAAGACAGUGGCCCCAGCCUCUUAGGGUCCAUGACUCUUCCCACCAGCUCUCCCUCGUCUUCCUACAGCGAGAGUAAACCUUCAGGCAGCAGUAUGCUCAACGGGCCACUCUCCUACACACAGACCUCUGAAAGCAUGAAGCCCCAGGAGCCUCUGAGCACUCUAAAGUCUAUGGCAGAACGAGCGGCACUGGGCUUAGGAAUGGAGGGAGAGAUGCCCCCUCUGCACCUCACCACAGACAUUUUCCCCAGCACUACAUUGCCUCCGGGGCCUCCCUCGGCCCCCCAGCAGCCCUCGCUCUCGGAGGUCAGCAUCCCCCCAUCGCUGGGCGUGUGCCCGCUCGGGCCUGUGCCCCUGUCCAAAGACCAGCUGUACCAGCAGGCCAUGCAGGAGUCGGCCUGGACACACAUGCCCCACCCCUCCGACUCUGAGAGGAUCAGGCAGUACCUGAUGAGGAACCCAUGCCCCACCCUGCCUUUCCACCACCAGGUGCCGCCCCCCCACUCCGACUCUGUAGAGUUCUACCAGAGACUUUCCACAGAGACACUGUUCUUCAUCUUCUACUACCUAGAGGGCACCAAGGCCCAGUAUCUGGCAGCCAAGGCCUUGAAGAAGCAGUCGUGGCGAUUCCACACCAAGUACAUGAUGUGGUUCCAGAGGCACGAGGAGCCCAAGACCAUCACAGAUGAGUUUGAGCAGGGGACGUACAUUUACUUUGACUAUGAGAAGUGGGGCCAGCGGAAGAAGGAAGGAUUCACGUUUGAGUACAGGUACCUUGAAGACCGAGACCUCCAGUGACAUAAGGCAGAGGAGGAGAAUAAAAGAAGGGUGGACUACUGUCAACAUUCCUGGAUUGAACUCAACACACUGGGAAGAGGGACGGAUGCAGACGCCAGACUGAGCCAGUCUUAGCAGAGCGUAAUGCAUUUGGAGCUCCUCUCUCUUUGCCCUGCGAAGCCACACUCACUUCAGUGAUCAAACCCUCCCUCUUUUCCCAUCAGGCUGUUUUGAUUUAGAUUGAAGCUUUUAAUCUCUUACCUGAACUGGAUCCCCUUUUUUUCCCAUAUAAUGUUUGGUUGAUAACGCACUCUGUAUUAUUUUUUUCUUUUCUUUUUUAAACUCACCUACCACUCAUUUGAGAGAACCAAAGAUGAUUGGUCGAAUCUGUUUUAAUUCCCAGCAGUAUGGCAGUUCAAUUAAAAAUGGUGACAAGGCACAGUGAGAGGCCAAUCAAAUGAGCACUUGGGGGAUGGUGGGUCAGAGGGGGGCGGAUCCAAAGCCUAAAGCAUUUCACAGCAGUCAGAGGCCAUCGCUGGGUUGUACACAAGCUAAAGACUAGAGGGGGUGAAGGUAGCACUUCCAUGUUACAAUAAGGGCUUAUUGGAGUGACUCCAUGGUUUUUAACCCUAAUGAAUGCUCUCUUCAUGGUCACCAGCCCCACCCUAAUGUUAAACUAAUAGCUGCCUCUUGGGUACACCCAGCAUUGACCAGACUGCCAUAAAGACUGCUAUAAUAAAAUAUGGCAACCCAGCCCUCCUCCAUUCAUUCCUAUCCCAAGUUACAACAUUACGUUUAUAUUGCUGUGGUCACCAGCAACAGACACCACACCAGCACUGAAGCGUCUCGUCUGUAGAGUAUGUUUACAGGUGUUUUAACCCGAGAGGUGGGCUUUAACAAUAAAACUUGACCGCCCAAGUAAUAACAAUUCAUUUUUUUUGUUCCCGCCACUUUGAUAAUAAUGUACAAAUCAGUUGUGAUUGUACUUCCAAAUUCACUUCAACCACCAGGUAGAUAUUUCCUUUUCUCAGGAAGUGUUUGAUGGAUCGUUGUGUGAGGAAAUAUACCAGGUCAGAAGCUCCAUUGCAGCACAAAAACCCCACAGAAAUCAGACUGACACCGCGGGCAAUUUUUUGUCCGCCCUAUUAAGGCUUUAUAUCCCCCUUUAAUGCCCAUAUGUUUCAUUUCAGGCUUUAAAAAAAUAUCCUCCAAUGUUUGGAGUGCAAUCUUAAGUUUUCGUUUGCCUGUAUAUGUCAUCUCAGAGAUGGAAAGCAUUUCGAUCCUAAAAAGUGUGACCCAGUUUUUUUUAAAGAAAAUAACUUGUCGGGGCACCAUUCACUGACAAGCCUGCUGUUUUUAAUGUUACCUUUACCUAUUUGGCAAGCGGAAGGGAAGAGAAGUCAUCCAGAGGCGAAAUGUGAAUCUCUCCCCUCUGAAAGGGUGUUGUAUAGACUUUGAUUUGAUAGACCUUUUUGUUUGUUGUCUUCUAGACAGCAUGAUCAAUGACACUUGCAAAGUGGAGCUGAGAAAAUUAAAUAUGAAGCAUAACCAUGAAUAAAGGAUUGUAAAAUAUUAAUAAAAUAAUUACUUUUCAGAA